UAUCAAACACGAUCCAUGGCAUUUGGUCCCUACCUAGAGGGGUAGACUACUAUUCAUCUCUAUGUUUGUGUUGAUGUCUCCUUUGAGACUUUCCAAAGAUGCUUUACUUUAACAGAUGAGUUUGCUCAUGGAGAAUCUCAGCUGUGUACAAUCAUUUAAAGUACUGACACAAAAAUCCAGUAAGAAACAAACUUUCUGUAGAAAAUAUGUCAGAGAGGGUUGAAUGACUCUGCAAAAUGUGUUUGUGAUAGUUCACAUUUUUAGAUUGGGAUUUCAAGCACAUCUUUUGUGCUGACAAUAACGUGAGGAGGGGGGUGGGAUGUCAAAAGGUCAACCCACUUUAGAGGAAGAGAGAGAUGAAGUGAAAUUAUGAAAUUGUUGCAUGGAAGUCUGAUUGGUGUAUAAGUGUUACUACAAGCACUUUGUAUAACUGUGAGUCAGGCUGACCAAACCCAUCAGGUUUAUAAGAAUGGGCUACUCUGAGUAUUUCAAUAUCCUAAUCCCAUGUUCACGAACGCUAUUCCUUGCCUCUGGUUUAUUGAUGAAAAAAAAAUCUGAUCUGAGCAACAUAACAAAGAUAAUAAUCAGUGACAAUGGGGGACUGGUCAUAUCUUUCCAAGUUACUGGACAAGGUGCAGUCCCACUCAACGGCCAUCGGAAAGACAUGGAUGAGUGUCCUGUUUAUCUUCAGGAUCCUGGUUCUGGGUGCAGCAGCAGAUAGCGUGUGGGGAGACGAACAGUCUGAUUUCUACUGCAACAACAAAGAACCUGGGUGUGAGAACGUGUGCUAUGACUGGGCCUUCCCCAUCUCACACAUCCGUUUCUGGGUCAUGCAGAUCAUCUUUGUCUCCACCCCAACUCUUCUAUAUCUGGGCCAUGCCAUGCAUGUCAUCCAACAGGAGGAUAAAAUGAGGGAGGCACUGCAGAGCCAGGUUGACAAUGGCAUGUUGAAGAGGCCCAAAUACACAGAUGACCGGGGGAAAAUCAAAAUCAAGGGAAUUCUGCUACGUAGCUAUAUGACCCAGUUGUUCUUUAAGAUAGUGUUGGAGCUCGCUUUUAUUGUGGGACAGUACUACUUAUAUGGGUUUGUCAUGAAACCCAUGUUCCUCUGUCAACAACAGCCCUGUUCCAGACUGGGUGCUGAGUGCUUCAUGUCCCGUCCCACAGAGAAGACCAUCUUUAUCAUCUUCAUGCUGGUGGUGGCCUGUGUGUCUCUGCUUUUGAAUGUGAUCGAGGUGUUUUAUUUGAUUUGCACCAGAGUAAAAUGUGGAAACAAGAAACAAUACCCACUGCAUAUCAUCUCAACUGAGAACCCAACCACGCUUUACUGUCCUGCAUCAGAAUGGAAAGGUAACCUGGAUGGACAUGAAAAUUGCUCACCCCUUCACAACAUCCAAAGAGAAGCUGAACUAAUGGAGGAAAAUAAAAACACUCCUUAGGUUUGCAAUAGAUUUCAUGUGAUGAUAUUCUGACAUGAGAAUUGAUGUAAUCAUAUCCAAUAUGUUGGCUACACUUCCAGUAAAUUAGGGAAACAAAACAUUCCAGAGUGUAUUGAGUUUUGUUUGUCAAAUAGACUACCUUGUUACUGAAUGUUGUGAAUAUUACAGUUUGUUUCUAUGCUGACACUAUGAUGACUAAUGUUUUGUAGGAAAUGCAUAUCUUUGUUCAAAAUAAAAGUACUGGA